GCCGCAGCCUGUUGCAGUGCGGGGGGCGCCGGGCCGGGGGCGCCGGGAGCCCUGCGGGGGGGGCCUCGCGGCCCGGCUCCCAGUGCAGAGCAGUUUUCUCCAACUCUCCGCCUCCGUCUCCCCCGGGCCCACCGCUGCCGGGAGACCCCGUCCAGACCUGCCAAGAGAGGAGUGUCAUGAAAAAGGAACAGAAAAGACACGUCACUGUUGGUGAAAGGGGAGUUUUCUCUCCCAGUUGGUGGUUACUUCAUGAUUGGAAGAGAAGUACCUAGGUGGCCGAAGAGAUUAGAUUUUCAUAGCUGUACCGAUGAAGCUGAUAAAAGAAGACGGGAAAAUGCUUUCUCUGGGUCAUAAUAGGCUGAUGAGUAAGUAAGCCUGAAAAAAGACAGAUCUGAAAUGAGGACAGGAAUCUUGAGUGUUUUAAAACCAAGUAGGACUCUGAAUACUUGUUGAGGAUGUUUUUUUCCCCAAAAAUGGAGGAAGAAAAAAUUCUCAAAGCAAAAAGUGUAAAAAGCUGAGAGGAGUAACCAGCCGGUCAGCUCCAAGAAUUGCAGUACUUUGUCAGCUUCUCUGAGCACACACAGGCAAAGGCAUCAGACAUGUAUGAUUAUCUUACCACUGGUGAUGGUUUCCUGCUCCAGGAAUGACUUCUUAAUGUGGAUUUUGGAGUGCUUUUUCUUUUUCUUUUUUUUACAAUGUGUGUUUUUUGACUCUUUGUGUUAGGUAGAUUUAUGUCAAGAAAGUAAAUUGUGAAUUCAUGGUAUUUUUGACUAUCUCCAGCCCUGUUUGCUGUGUGAUAUUGGAAAAUUAGAGGUUUUAACACUCCUUGAAGUUUUAUUGGAAGCAACACUGCAUCAGGCAAACAGAUCCACACUCUAAGUUUUCUCUUUUUGGCAACUGUACUUGCUUUGAAUGAGCCGAAUGUCAGCUGGAUUUCACAGCAUAUCCGAUUUACAGUCUGUGUUUUAUCAAGGCCUUAAAUGUAUGUUUUAUACUCAGCAGAUGGGAAACACAUUGAGCACUGUGUCUGACAUGUAUGCCUAAGGAAAGGAGCUCCCCGAUGGAUCAUGGCGUUAAUGUUUACAGGACAUUUCCUAUUUUUACUGUUAGUGAUGUUUGCUUUCUCUACUUUUGAAGAAUCUGUGAGCAAUUACUCCGACUGGGCAGUUUUCCCAGAUGACGUAGAUCAGCUUAAGACACAGAAAGUGCAAGAUUUCAGACCCAGCCAAAAGCUGAAGAAAAGUAUGCUUCAUCCGCAUUUAUAUUUUGAUGCUGGAGAGAUCCAAGCAAUGAGGCAAAAGUCUCGCACAAGCCAUGUGCAUCUUUUUAGAGCUAUCAGGAGUGCAGUGACAGUUAUGCUGUCCAACCCGACAUACUACCUACCUCCACCCAAGCAUGCUGAUUUUGCUGCCAAGUGGAAUGAAAUUUAUGGUAACAAUCUGCCCCCUUUAGCACUGUACUGUUUGUUAUGCCCGGAGGACAGAGUUGCCUUUGAAUUUGUUUUGGAAUAUAUGGACAGGAUGCUGGGCUACAAAGACUGGCUGGUGGAGAACGCACCCGGGGAUGAAGUUCCAGUUGGCCAUUCCUUAACAGGCUUUGCCACCGCCUUUGACUUUUUAUAUAACGUAUUAGAUGAUCAUCGAAGGCAAAAAUACCUAGAAAAAAUAUGGGUUAUUACUGAGGAAAUGUAUGAGUAUUCCAAGGUCCGCUCGUGGGGCAAACAACUUCUUCAUAACCACCAAGCUACUAAUAUGAUAGCGUUACUCACCGGGGCCUUGGUGACUGGGGCAGAUAAAGGAUCUCAAGUCAAUCUAUGGAAACAGGUGGUAGUAGAUGUGAUGGAAAAGAUGAUGUUUCUUUUGAAUCAUAUUGUCGAUGGUACUUUGGAUGAAGGUGUUGCCUAUGGAAGCUACACGGCUAAGUCAGUCACACAGUAUGUUUUUCUGGCCCAGCGCCAUUUUAAUAUCAACAACUUGGAUAAUAACUGGUUAAAAAUGCACUUUUGGUUCUAUUAUGCCACCCUUUUGCCAGGCUUCCAAAGAACUGUGGGUAUAGCAGAUUCCAAUUAUAAUUGGUUUUAUGGUCCCGAGAGCCAGUUAGUUUUUUUGGAUAAGUUCGUCUUAAAGAACGGAGCUGGAAAUUGGUUAGCUCAGCAAAUCAGAAGGCACCGGCCUAAAGAUGGACCAAUGGUCCCCUCUACUGCCCAGAGGUGGAGUACUCUUCACACUGAAUACAUCUGGUACGAUCCCCAGCUCACCCCACGGCCUCCUGCGGAAUAUGGUACUGCAAAAAUGCACACGUUCCCUAACUGGGGUGUUGUCACUUAUGGGGCUGGGUUGCCCAAUACACAGACCAAUACCUUUGUGUCUUUUAAAUCUGGGAAGCUAGGAGGGAGAGCUGUCUAUGACAUAGUUCACUUCCAGCCAUACUCCUGGAUUGAUGGGUGGAGAAGCUUUAACCCAGGACAUGAACAUCCGGAUCAGAACUCAUUCACUUUCGCCCCCAACGGGCAGGUAUUUGUUUCCGAAGCUCUCUAUGGACCCAAGUUGAGCCACCUUAACAACGUACUGGUGUUUGCGCCAUCACCCACAAGCCAGUGUAAUAAGCCCUGGGAAGGUCAGCUGGGAGAAUGUGCACAGUGGCUUAAGUGGACCGGCGAAGAGGUUGGUGACGCAGCGGGGGAAAUCAUUACUGCCUCUCAACAUGGGGACAUGGUAUUUGUGAGUGGGGAAGCAGUGUCAGCUUAUUCCUCAGCAAUGAAGCUGAAAAGUGUGUAUCGGGCUUUGCUUCUCUUAAACUCUCAGACUCUGCUAGUUGUUGAUCACGUCGAGAGGCAAGAAGAUUCCCCAAUAAAAUCUGUCAGUGCCUUCUUCCAUAAUCUGGAUAUUGAUUUUAAGUACAUCCCAUAUAGGUUCAUGAACAGGUAUAACGGCGCCAUGAUGGAUGUGUGGGAUGCACAUUACAAAAUGUUUUGGUUUGAUCAUCGUGGCAGUAGCCCCAUUGCUAGUAUACAGGAAGCAGAGCAAGCCGCUGAAUUUAAGAAACGGUGGACUCAAUUUGUUAAUGUUACAUUUCAGAUGGAAUCCACAAUCACAAGAAUCGUAUAUGUCUUUUAUGGGCCAUAUGUCAAUGUUUCCAGCUGCAGAUUUAUUGAUAAUUCCAAUUCUGGACUUCAGAUUUCUCUCAAUGUCAAUAAUACUGAACAUGUUGUUUCCAUUGUAACUGACUACCAUAACUUGAAAACAAGGUUCGAUUACCUGGGAUUUGGCGGCUUUGCCAGUGUGGCUGAUCAGGUUCAAAUAACCCGAUUUGGUUUGGGCACUCAAGCAAUAGUGAAGCCCAUAAGACGUGACAGAGUGAUUUUUCCCUUUGGAUUUAAAUUUAAUGUAGCAGUUGGGUUGAUUUUGUGCAUCAGCUUGGUGAUCUUAACUUUUCAGUGGCGGUUUUACCUUUCUUUUAGAAAGCUAAUGCGGUGGAUCCUCACCCUUGUUAUUGCCUUGUGGUUCGUUGAGCUGGUGGACGUGUGGAGCACUUGCACUCAGCCCAUCUGUGCAAAGUGGGCGAGUCCGGAGGCCGAGGCGAGCGCGAAGCCUGUGCCUCCCCAAGGGCACCGCAUCUAUCUUCCUGACAUCGUCAUUACCUCACUUCCCGGCUCAGGAGCUGAAAUUCUCAAACAGCUCUUCUUCAACAGCAGUGACUUUCUCUACAUCAGGGUGCCCACAGCCUACAUGGACAUCCCUGAAACUGACUUUGAGAUGGACUCCUUUGUGGACGCCUGUGAGUGGAAGGCGUCCAAUGUCCACGGUGUGCAUUUCCGUUUACUGCGAGGCUGGCUGCAGUCCUUGGUCCAAGACACAAAACUCCAUUUGCAAAACAUCCAUCUGCACGAACCCAGCAGGGGUAAACUGGCCCAAUAUUUGACCACGAAUAAGGACAAAAAAAGGAAGUUGAAACGGAGAGAGUCUUUGCCAGAACAAAGAAGCAGAAUGAAAGGCGCCUUUGACAGAGACGCUGAGUACAUUCGGGCUCUGAGGAGACACCUGGUCCAUUACCCCAGCGCGCGGCCCGUGCUCAGCCUGACCAGUGGGAGCUGGACCUUAAAGCUGCAUUUCUUUCACGAAGUUUUAGGAGCUUCGAUGAGGGCCUUGUACGUGGUGAGGGACCCUCGGGCGUGGAUUUAUUCGAUGCUGUACAGUAGUAAACCAAGCCUUUACUCUUUGAAGAAUGUACCAGAGCACUUAGCUAAAAUGUUUAAAAUAGAGGGAGGUAAAGGCAAAUGUAACUUAAAUUCGGGCUAUGCUUCUGAGUAUGAAUCAUUGAGGAAAGAAUUAUCAAAAUCCAAGCCACACGCGGUGUCCCUGCUGGCUCACGUGUGGCUAGCAAACACCGCAGCAGCCCUGAGGAUAAACACAGACCUGCUGCCUACCAGCUACCAGAUGAUCAAGUUUGAAGAUAUUGUGCAUUUUCCUCAGAAAACCACUGAAAGGAUUUUUGCCUUUCUUGGAAUUCCUUUGUCUCCUGCUAGUUUAAACCAAAUAUUGUUUGCCACCUCCACGAACCUUUUCUAUCUUCCCUAUGAAGGGGAAAUAUCACCAACUAAUACUAAUGUUUGGAAACAGAACUUGCCUAGAGAUGAAAUUAAACUGAUAGAAAACAUCUGCUGGACACUGAUGGAUCGUCUAGGAUAUCCAAAGUUUAUGGACUAAAUGCUGCAGCGUGAAAGCAGACCGACCACUCCUCCUCCCCCCAUAUCUGCUUCCUCACGUAGCUCUCCCUGCUUUCCCUUUACAGUGUCAAAAUGAAUGAAAAUCCUAUUAAUACAGGUUGAGAGGGCAACUGAAGACCUGAAUCCACACUAUUAUUCUCAAGGAAGAUUAUUCGUCCUAUCUCAGGGUUAUCAACAAGCAUGUAACAUUUCUACAUGGAUGAUCACACUGUUUCCAUUACUGGUCAGAGUCUCGGUGUUUGCUUUCAAUUCCCAGGAUGUGUGACCUUAAAUCAGAUCAAAUAAAAGGCUCUGGGUUGAAAGUAAUAUUAGGUCUGAUCAAGGUAAGAGUUACAAAUGUGUGCAAGUAACAGCAGAGAAGGCAGAAACUGUACCACUGCCUUUCCUUUAACUUUGUACAGAAACAGGCCCACAGGCAGAAGAGAGCCAGGGUGAGUAUGUGGAGGAGUUGGGGGAGAGACAAUGAAAAAGAAAGAGCAGUUCUGUGAAUGGAUAUGGGAACAGUAUGGGAAUAUCUUAUUUAUAGCUAAAGAAAGGAACACACUUAAGAUGAUCUUCACAGUGUAUCUUAACUUUUACAACAUAGCUAGGUCAAGGGGAAUUUCCUUGUCUACUCAUCCACUCCCACCCCAAGGGAAACUUAGCUGGAGGAGAAGACUUCUAUUCACAGGUUCUAUUUCUGAGCAAUGUUUUACAUGGGUGACGGAUGGCCCAGCCAUUGCAUAUGCGUCCAUUUGUUCAUGCUUGGGAUCCCCUGCUUUAUAAUCUCAAUUAUAAUCUCAGAACGUCUAAGUCCUACAUUCCUAGGGUGUUAUCCUGGGAAGAAAUGUGAAUAGACUCUACACUUAUUUUUAUUCUGACCAUCUUGAAAAUAAUUAAAGCAACGAUUGUCACUAUGUGACACUUCCAAAGGAAACACUUUAAAAAAUGUCUUUUCCAUAAAAUCAAUUCCUUUCCUCAUUAACUUCCCCAAACUCAGGCCCAACUGGAAUUAAAGCUUUUAUUAAAAUAAUAUCAUUUAAAUGUUGAAAUUUUGAAAGAAUGUGUCCGUUUUGCUGACAGAAGUAACAUAAAUGUAGUGGUAAUGUUGAUCUAGUUUUCAAAAGUUUGAAAUAAUGCAAAUUACUCACUUAGGAUGAAGUAGGCCAUAUCCAGAGGUGAAUUUACUGUAAUGACAAUUCCAGAAAGGAAGGAAAUGGGAGAAUCUGUUCAGGAGAAAGAAGAUAAAUCUAUGAUUAUACUUAAAUUUAAUCUUUAGAAACCCAGAAAGGCACGAGUUUUAGGCAGAUGGCACGACAACUCAUACAUACUCAGCCUAAACCCGCAAUAUUAGACAUUUGAUUGGCUUUUUGGACAAACAGAAGACUUAGUACUGUAAGUUGCCUGGCAAGAAUGGGAUAAUUAUUUAUGUCCAGUACCCAGCCAUGGCAUGGGAUCUGGCACAAAUAUCUUCAUAUUCGAAGAAGAACCUCUCUCCACACACACUAGUUAUGUUUAAUUUUUUUUUCCUUUUGUGGAAACGCCACCCCUUCUGUCUGCCACUGACUUUUGAUUGGUGUCAUUUAUCAGCAGAGUUUGGUGCAUCAUAGAUCCUAGACGUUCUUGAUAUAAAGUCUAUCACAUUCAGUUAUCUAUAAGUAAACAUUAACAGUGGUUUUAGAAUCUGUGUGAUUGACUUAACUCUGAUCAUAAUUACAAAAAUAUCACUAAUUUAGCGAAAAAUGUGAAUAGAAGGCAGUAUGUUAUAACACCACUUACAGAGGUAAGGGAGCCUAAUAUUCUAAGACAGAUCAAGGAAUUUAAUAUGCAGGCUACCUACUGCUUAUUUAAAUGUAAACCAGAGUAUGUCAAAAUAGCUGCUAAGGCAGUGUUUUCAGUACUUGACUAAUAUCUCUAUUUUCCUUCAUGUUGGCAGAAAAAUCCAAAUAAUAUUUUAAGAACUAGACUGAAUUUUUUUUUUUUUUUUUUUCACAAAGGAUGGUAGGAACAUUAAACAGUAGAUUCUCACAUUCUCUACUUAACUUGUAGCUGCUUGAGCUAUAAUUUACAUGAGCUUGUGUUUAGUCCAAGUAACAUGUUUAAUUCUAUUUCCAAAGAUAGGUUCGGCUAAGCCUUCCACACCAUGGGGGUUUUGUUUUUGUUUUUCGUUUUUCUUUCACACCUAUCCAGUUAUGCAGCAAAGAAAACCUGUACUGAAGAUCAUAGACCAGUUUAUUCGAGCUAUAUGUAUAACACAACUCCUCUAUUAAUAAAUAAAAAGCUAAAAGCAACUUGGCUAUGGUUGGGAUAAUUUGUAAUAGCCCUUUUCUUUAGGACUUUGGGUAACUGUGUUAGGAUUUUGCAUGGAGCUGAGUUGGAAAAUGCAGUCCCACAAUUUCAGCCACUAGCACCCUUCAGUGAUGGGUGAGCCGUGCCUCUACUCCCUUAUCUUAAUUCCAAGUCCUGUCUUUGACUUGCCCUCAGUCCGUUUCACUCUUCUAUGUACAUCAUCCCAACUUAUUAAGUGGCAAGAACAUCCCGUACUAUGCACCUGUGCUCCGCAUCUGCCCCUCCUGCCACUGGUGGGAUAUCUAUUCAAGCAGGAGAUCUCUAAAAGGAAGGUCCCUGCAGGUCCCUUGAGAUAUUCUAGUAGGUGGUGCACAGGGUUGGCAGAGUGAAGACUUUUUUUGUAAGAAAGAUAAGGAUCUAUCAUGAAUUAGUCUCUUAGUAUGUGCUGCACAGAACCGUAAGGUUUUCAUGUAUAUCAUUACAAUCUUCACAACAACUCACUGGUAUUCAUUUUACAGAUUAAUCUGAAGCCCAUAUUCUCCCUCUAGGGAGUAUGUUUUGUGAAGGAAUUUGGAGCAGGUUUGCAAUUCCUUUAUCAAUUCACUUAUUCACAGUAAUUUUGGGGUAUCUGCUGUCAAGAUAUUGAUUAGCAUGAGGGGAGAACACAAAAACUGGUUGACUCUGACCCUACCCUGAAGAACUGAUGGUCUCUCCAGAAUUCAUCAAGAAGAGGAGAAGAAGGGCAUGCCGGGUAGCCAUUACCACCCGAGGAAAGGCACCGCAAAGCGUUAUCUACUCUGUAGUGGACAGGAUUUAUCUCUGAAAAAGUGGUUAUGAGGAAA